AUGCCCGAUGGCCUAUCGGCGAGAAUGGAAAUGGUCGAGCUGAACCUUCGGCAUGUCCCAAUGUCGAUCGUCGAUCUGUUCUCCUUCUUAAUGGCCCUCAUCCUCUAUAUAUCCAUCAUUAUUGCGGCCACUACGAUACGGGAGAGGUACAAACACACGAUAAUGGCCUUCUGCGCGGUGUCGAUCUGGUCCCUCUCCAGCAAUAUUAUCAUGCACUCGCUAUUUUUAUCUACGGUGGCGAGUGGCAGAUUAGUAGUGAGCGUGGAGUCGUGUUCAAUCGCGCGUAAAAUGCUGUGGGUCCCCUCAUCCGGGCAGCUGUGCCUGUUGGCGCUUGAUCGGUACAUGACAGUUUGCAGGCAAAGCCCGAUUCCUGUCAAGAGAUUAUGGUUACUGUAUGGUCUCAUCCCAAUCCAAGAAUACACGAUAAAAAUCGUGGACUACUCGAUGGGGAGCCCGGUGCCGGAUGAGAUGUGUGCACAUAUCUAUAGGAUGAAGUACUCGCUGCAGGUGCUGGCCAUGGUAGUGUGGGGUACGGUAGUGUUCGCGUCUCUCAUCAAUCUACGCGUUUUAUGCUACUUGAAGUCAAAAAGGAGGCAGUUGAAGGACAACAAAAGCAUCAAAAAGUCGCGUAAGCUGAUGCAAAUGGAGCGUCGUCUUACCGUAGUCUACCUGCUCAUCACAAUCGUUCCGGUGAUACAAAUUACACCCGGCAUCAUUGCGGCCGUCAUUAACGAGCUGUACGGAAUCAGGAAUCAGACAGUGUGGCUGUUCUGCUUCGGGCUGUCCUCCCUCAGCAAGUUCGUCCAGGCCCUCCUCAUCAUCAUGUCGAUACGGUCGAUAAAGAGGCGGAUAUUGUCGAUGUUUAGCUGCCGACAUCGACGCCUCUCCCUGGAUACACCCUCAAAUACGAUCCACCAAUCGACGGCCAACCUGAGGCUCACCGCCGAGACAACACAACAACGGCUCCUCCCUCCGGAUUUGGUUAGGUUACAGGUGAGCCCCGGACUCAGCCUAUUCGAAGCGAUCGCCAAGAAACGGGCGAGUAUACUA